AUGAGUGAAUUCAAACUACAUACUGUGAUAAGUGAUUUAAUUACAACAUUAGACUCUUCGCAUCUUCCAGAGAAAUUUAUUGAAAAAAUCCAAACAAAUGUCAUCACAGAAAACAUACCGUCUAAAAAUUCGGUAUGUCAUUUAGAAAAAAACUCAACUGACAGCGAGUUGUUUAAAAAAAAAUACAAUGAAUUAAAAGCUAAAAAAAUUGACGGGCUAGGACCGUUCAUUCAAGUAUUGCACCAGAUAUCAACAGACAGGUCAGUGAAGGAUUAUCUAGAGAAGAAAAAGGUAAAAAGUAACUUAAAAGCUCCAACUUCAUCCACAAUCACCAAUGACGAUUUAUCAACACUUCACAAAAAUAUAUUAAGAGCAGCGAGUGAGCGUGACAAACAAUCAUCAAAAAAACUACACGGAUUAAAUCGAGGUGCUGAAGGGUCGGUGGUUAAAUAUAAUCACUGGUGUUUCGAACGACCUAAAAUAACAUGGGAUUAUUACUCGGAUACUAAAUUAACUCCAUAUCAAAAGGUAGUACCUGUUGUCUCUCAAGAAUCUAUUUUAAUCUGGGAUUUAUUGAGCUGUCUCAAGGGAAUUGACGGUAAUUAUAUUGUAUCAGAAUCGUUGAACGAUUCUAAUGACAAGCGCACAUUUAUUAUUUCAACUGAUGUCAGUAUUCCGUACAAACAAUUAGUAUUGCAAAUUUUACCUCUUGCUUCUUAUUAUUCUACUGCUAUAAGAUUUGUAGAAGAUAAAAUUUUGCCCAACGAUGGUCAAGUUAAUCAUGCUCUCAGAAGUGCGAUUAAUUAUUUACUCAAGGACUACUUGUUGUUUGUCGUUCAGUUGGAAAUGGAACAUUUGAGGAGUAAAUUAAAUUUACAAAAUUUGUGGUUUUAUAUUCAACCGAUUAUGGCUACUAUGUCUAUACUGGCACAAAUAACAACAAUUAUUUCUAAGGCACGAGCUAAAGGUGGAAAAGUACUAAGCUUGCUUUAUGAGCAAAUUAGUAAUAUGAGUGGAGAAGCUAAAUGUAAAGAGCUUUGCGUAUUUUUAAUUGAAUCAGCAAGUAUACCUUACAUGCGAAUGUUGGAAAAAUGGGUUUACAAAGGCGUCAUAUGUGAUCCAUAUCAAGAGUUUUUUGUCGAAGACAAUGAAUUAAUACAACGUGAAGAGUUACCUAUGGAUUAUUCAGCUGAUUAUUGGGAAAAACGAUACACCAUGAAAUCAGAAAGAAUCCCUAAUUUUCUAAACCAACAUGCUCAUACAAUUUUACGAACUGGAAAGUAUUUCAAUGUUAUCCGUCAAUGUGGAAAAAUGAUCAAGUGGAUAAAACAAGAACCACUUAUUUACCAUUACAGAGAUCAAAAAUUGAUAUUUACUAUCGACCAAGCCUACAACGAAGCGGCACGUACUUUAUUGGAAGUAUUGAUUCACGAAAAUGAUUUGAUGGGCCGAUUAAAAAGCGUUAAAAAUUAUUUCUUAUUGUCGCAAGGAGAUUUUGUUGUACAGUUUUUGAAUUUAUGUGAAAAUGAAUUGAGUAAAAAUAUGUAUGAUAUUGUCAUUCAUCGUUUGGCUUCGUUGCUAGAGGUUGCAUUGAGAACAUCGACUGCUGAUCUAGAUCCUUAUAAAGAUGAUCUUAAGCCGGAACUGUUACCUUAUGAUUUACAGUUUCAAAUGUUUCGGAUUUUAUCAAUUCAAACAAGUGAUGAGAAAGAGUUUGCAUUCCAGGCAGGAAAAAAAUUAGAUGGUAUUGAAGCAUUCGCUUUCAAUUAUGAGGUAAAAUGGCCAGUGUCUUUGGUGAUUAAUAGAAAAGCUAUAGCAUGCUAUCAAAUGCUAGUGUGGAUUAGUAAUAAAAUAGCUAAAACAUUUACUCACACUGCAGCGAUGGCUUAUCGUCAAGCAUUUUCAUUAAGGCACCGUAUGUUGGAUUGUAUUCAACAUUUAGAAUACUAUAUGAUGGUCGAAGUUAUUGAACCAAAUUGGCAGACAUUUAUUAAUAAAAUGGGUAAAGUGACCAAUGUUGAUGAUGUUUUGACUGUUCAUCAAGAUUUACAAGAUAGUUAUUUGAAGGAAUGUAUGUUAACUGAUCCUGAAUUGUUGUCAUCUAUCACAGGAAUAUGUAACAUCUGCCUCCAAUUUUGCAACUUUAUCGAGAGUAUGAGCUGUUACUACAUUGACGCUGAAUUAUCAUCAAUGAUUCAAGAAAAUCAUCUCGAUCGUUCCGAGUAUGAGGAAAGCAAAACAAAGUCAAUCGUUAGUGGGAGUUUUGAAGAAACCAUUAACUCAUUAGAUGUUCAAUUUACCGGUGCCUUACAUAGGUUAUUAAAUCGAAUUAUUGCGUUAGGAUGUAAUAAUGAUUUUGAAAAAUUACUCAAUGUAUUAUGCAGAUUGGAUUUCAAUCUUUUCUACACUGAUUCGAUGACCGAUAAAAAUGUUGAAAUUAAGGAAGAAUUCGGAGCGUCGGGUUGA